CGUAAAAUACGAUUGUUUUAUUUUUUUUCACGACAGUUUGUCCUUCUGCUCCAAUUUCCGUCUGUUCGUGGUGCAUUGGUAGCAAAAAAAAAAUAAGGUGCAGCUAUGACGCUAGGUUUUGCUGAUUGUUUCGACACUAAGAUCAAUACAAUGUAAUACAGUACAAUAUUACAGAGAGAGAGAGAGAGAGAGAGAGAGAGAGAGAGGUGAGGUCUAAUAGCUUUCUGAUCUGUGUUUCAUAUUCAUUCAUUCAUUCAUUCAUUUAUUCAUUUAUUCAUAUUCAGUAAGCACUUGAUCCUGAUCAGGGUCAUGGUGGAUCUGGAGAAAAGCCAGUCAAACUCAUUCACACAUUGGGUAAACUAGAGUGAAUUUACAUAGAGAAGCCAAUAGAAACCCACACAGAUAUAAGACAACCUGUGAAAACUCCAACCAGAAAGGAACCAGAGCUCAAACUGGGGAUAUUGAAGCUGGGAUGUGGCAACAUGCAUGACUCCCAGUGCCGUUUUGUGUUGAGUGCAAGUAAUAUUCCUACUUUUAGAUACACGAUAUUGCCAAAAGUAUGUUGUUUUUCAGGUGUUGGGCUCAGCCCCUUAGUUCCAGUGAAAGGAACUCUUAAUUCUUCAGCUUCAUACCAAGACAUUUUGGACAAUUUCAUGCUCCCAACUUUGUGGGAACAGUUUGGGGAUGACCGCUUCCUGUUCCAACAUGACUGCACACCAGUGCACAAAGCAAGGUCCAGAAAGACAUGGAUGAGUGAGUUUGGUGUGGAGGAACCCCAUAGAACCUUUGGGAAGAAUUAGAGCGGAGACUGUGAGCCAGGCCUUCUUGUCCAACAUCAGUGCCUGACCUCACAAAAUGCGCUUCUAGUGGAAUGGUCAAAAGUUCCCAUAAACACACUCCUAAACCUUGUGGAAAGCCUUCCCAGAAGAGUUGAAGCUGUUAUAGCUGCAAAGGUAACCCCGCCUUCCUGGUGUCACAUCCUCGGAGAUGGACCCUGUUGUUUUGAGUUAUCAGGACAGCUUGCUGAGGCGCUCGGACGUUUCCCUGCUGGAAGGCCCCCACUGGCUCAACGACCAAGUGAUCGGCUUUGCCUUCGAGUACUUCGCUGUGGAUCGCUUUAAGAGCCUGGGUGACGCCGUCUGCUUCAUCAGCCCCGAGGUCACCCAGUUCAUUAAGUGUGCAUCAUGCCAGGAAGAGCUAUCUGUCUUCUUAGAGCCACUGAGGCUAGUCUCACGUCGCUGGGUGUUUCUCGCCGUCAAUGAUAACUCCAACCAGGCGGCCGGCGGCUCACACUGGAGCCUGCUGCUUUACCAGCGUGACUCUGGUCAUUUCUCUCACUACGACUCGCAGAGCGGAGGCAAUGCCACACACGCUCGCCGCAUCGCCGCCAAGCUCCAGUCUUUCCUGGGCGCCGGGACUGACGUGACCUUUGUGGAAGAGCCAUGUCCCUCGCAGCAGAACAGCUACGACUGCGGCAUGUACGUCAUCUGUAUUGCCGAGGCUCUGUGCGAAAGCGCUCGAGUCGGAGGCCGCGCUCGGCUUCCGACGAACACCAUCACGCCCGCGUACAUCACCAGGAAGCGGACAGAGUGGCACUCGCUGAUCCGAAGACUCGCAAAGAACUAGAAUGACGUACAUCCUCUGACAUGUGGCUCAUAAACCAAGUCAGUACUUACAACGAUCCUAAUUCAGCCCAACAACCAGUUGGAGGUUUAAUCAGCAUGCGUUACUAAUUAGCGGCAACUCAACUGAGCAUGUGCUACGCUCAUUCUCUCACCAUUGAUCAGGGUUUACUGUAUUAUUGUUAGGUUAAGAAUAACACACUUGCAGUUAGAGGUAAAUAAUCAGCUUUGGGAGGAUACCAUGGAGCCGCAUCACCACACUCCCUCAUCGAUUAAUUUCACUGAACAGCACAUUCUGUAGUGUCUUUUCUUCUACCACAGAAAUUUGCCAAUGACUGAAAUUUGUUAUUGAUUAAAGAAUAACCCGUUGUGCUUUAAUAAUCUGCUUAUAGAUAACACUGUCCAUGGCAGAACAUCUCCUUAAACAACAUUACAGCAGCAGAAGGUUUUCUAUAUAUCAGUUUUCUAUAACAGCAACUAUGACAUCCAUUUCAGCUGUGACCUCAUCAACAGGAAGUGAUGGUUCAGUGGUCAAGAUAUUAAGAGUUCAAAUCUCACCACCACCAAGCUGCUACUGCUGGGCCAGCGAGCAAAACGAUUAACCCUUUACUGCUCAGUUGUAUAAGUGAGCUAAAUGUUAGUCACUUUGGAUAAAGGUGUGUGCCUGAAUGCCGUAAAUGUUUUUAACCACGCGCUCGUUCUGAUACGUUAUGGUUUCCAUAGUAACAGCACAUAGAUAAGCGGAUAUGCCACAUCUAAAGCCAGUAUAAAUUAAUUUUAAAACAUUUUCUUUUUAUGGUAUUAUGGUUUUUUAUGUUAUUAUUAUUAUUAUUAUUAUACAUUUUGUUGUACAUGCAUUUUUUAUAAUGGUGCCAAUUUUCUUUCAGACACAUUUAUUAAUUUUUAUUUUAUUAUAAUUUUUUUUAAAUAAAGGCAUUUUUAUUAUGGCGACAAUUUUUUCAAAGAUUUUUCUUAAUUUAGUUUUUUUAUUUAAACAAAAGCUUUCUAUAUUGUGCCAAUUAUUAUUAUUUUUUUAUUAUUUUUUUUUAACAAAGGUAUUUUUUUUUACUAUGGCUGCAAUUUUUUUCCAGAGACAUUUCGUUAUUUUUUUUAAAUCAAAGCUCUAACAAAUCAUUACAUUCACAGGACAGUGUUUUUGCAAUUUCCGGUUUCUCGGUCACGUAACGGUCAAAUUGUGGCAUUUUCUUUUGUCAUUAUUUUGUCUACUUCAAGAGAGAACACAGGGGAGACUGGUGAAGGAACGAGUGUCUAUAGCUGCUGUAGGAUGAGCGGCUAACAGGAAUCUUCUUUCACAGUUAUAAAGUUAAUGUAGCUGUAAAGUUAAAAAGUCUGGUGCGUUGUUUACUAAUUAGUUCAAAACUCUAUAUUGGCAAAUAUCUGUGGUACGAGCCGAAUAACACGCUUGGGGUCGUGCUGUUAUGGAGAAAUAAUCAUCUUCAGCGUGGAUAAUUCUGUACUUAAAGCUUACAUGUAUAGAGGGGUUCACCUAGGAACUCUUCCUCAUAGAAAAACCUUCUUGAUGUUCUUUUUUUUAUAAAAAUUUUAUUAAGAACGGUUUUCCCAGAAGAAGAACCAGCGCUUCAGCGGCACAUGUGACGUUUGUUUACAGACAAACUUGCUAGAUUUUCAGUUUAGACAAACAGGACACAAAGGUGCUAAUGUUUGUUUAACAAUCCACAAUAACGGCAAUGUGUGUGUGUAUCAUCAGAAUACACACACACACUCUCUCUCUGUCUGUCUCACACACACUCAUACACACGUCAGAGGAAACUUGAAAUCAAUUCAGCACAAGUGAAUGUAGAUGAGUGAGAUGAAUGUGAUUGCGACUUGUUUACGAGAUUUUCCGCUCAGGGUCAUUUAAAGCUGAAAAUAAACAAGAAAGAAUGUGAA